UAAUACUACAGAAGUAGCCGAACCAUAUUUCUCGAGCAUUCUACGCUCCGUCGGACGCCGUCCACCGUUGCCUGCCCUGCGUGGUUGUUCUCGAGCAAGUAGUGAAGAAGGCUAGAAGGAUUUCCCAAAAUCCGUUCUUGCAGAGAGAAAGUAUUGAUGCUGCUUCUCAAAGACAUAGUGCCUGCCGCACAGAACAACAUAGAUACAAAAUUUAUACUUUUGGAGAAAGGAAGGAUAACAUUAGAAGGGCAAAAUAAGACAUGUUUGGCACUUGCAGCUGAUGAGACUGCAGCAGUUCACUAUCAGUUCUGGGGAGAUGAGUGCGACGUAUUCGAGCCUGGUGACAUCAUCCAUUUGGCCAACGGUAUUUUCUCUUACCACCGCAAUAAUCUUGUACUAAGGGCGGGCAAGAGAGGAAAAGUAGAGAAGGUGGGAGAGUUUACUAUGGCCUUUGUUGAGACACCAAACAUGAGUGAGAUUCAUUGGAUUCCUGACCCAAAUAAUUCUACGAAGUAUGUCCAGGAUUAUGUGAUAUCUCCCCACUCUCGCAUUUUCCCUCCAAUGACUUAAGUAAUGAGAACAUUGAUUGUCAUGGA